CACUUGCUGGGUGCCAGCAUGUCAGCUGUGAUCUUGGAGAACCGAGGUGUGGGCAGAAAAUUUUCUGACUGUGGACAGGAAACAAGCUACAUUGAAGAUAACGGCAAUGAAAAUGGUGCUGUCUCCUUGAUAUUCUCACUCAAAGAAGAAGUUGGUGCACUGGCCAAAGUCUUACGCUUAUUUGAGGAGAAUGACAUCAACCUGACUCACAUUGAAUCUAGACCUUCUCGUUUAAACAAAGAUGAGUAUGAAUUUUUCAUCAAUCUGGAUAAGCAUAGUGUGCCUGCUCUGGCCAGCAUCAUCAAGAUCCUGAGGCAUGACAUCGGUGCCACGGUCCAUGAGCUUUCCCGAGAUAAGGAGAAAGACACAGUGCCCUGGUUUCCAAGGACCAUUCAAGAGCUGGACAGAUUUGCCAAUCAGAUUCUCAGUUAUGGAGCUGAACUGGAUGCAGACCACCCUGGUUUUAAAGAUCCUGUGUACCGAGCACGACGGAAGCAGUUUGCUGACAUAGCCUACAGCUACCGCCAUGGGCAGCCCAUCCCUCGGGUGGAAUAUACAGAGGACGAGAAGAAGACAUGGGGGACGGUGUUCAGGACCCUGAAGUCCUUGUAUAAAACCCACGCUUGCUAUGAGCACAAUCACAUUUUUCCACUUCUGGAAAAGUACUGUGGCUUCAGUGAAGAUAACAUUCCCCAGCUGGAAGAUGUUUCACAGUUCCUGCAGACUUGUACAGGUUUCCGCCUCCGACCUGUGGCUGGUUUGCUGUCUUCUCGAGAUUUCUUGGGUGGCCUGGCCUUUCGAGUCUUUCAUUGCACACAGUACAUCAGACAUGGAUCCAAGCCCAUGUAUACACCUGAACCUGACAUCUGCCAUGAGCUGUUGGGACAUGUGCCCUUGUUUUCAGAUCGUAGCUUUGCUCAGUUUUCACAGGAAAUUGGCCUCGCCUCUCUGGGAGCACCUGAUGAGUACAUUGAGAAACUUGCCACGAUUUACUGGUUCACUGUGGAGUUUGGGCUCUGUAAACAAGGAGACUCCAUAAAGGCAUAUGGUGCUGGGCUCCUGUCAUCCUUUGGUGAAUUACAGUACUGCUUGUCAGACAAACCAAAGCUCCUGCCCCUGGAUCUGGAGAAGACAGCCACCCAAGAGUACAGCGUCACAGAGUUCCAACCCUUGUACUAUGUGGCUGAGAGUUUCAGUGAUGCCAAGGAGAAAGUGAGAAACUUUGCUGCCACAAUUCCUCGACCCUUCUCAAUUCACUAUGACCCAUACACCCAGAGGGUUGAAGUCUUGGGCAGUACCCAGCAGCUGAAGAUUUUGGCUGACUCCAUCAACAGUGAAGUUGGAAUCCUUUGCAGUGCCCUCCAGAAAAUAAAGUGA